AAGUUUCCUCUGCUGAAUGCCUCUGAGCUACAGAUAUGUGUGACAUGUAGCAGUGUUUGUGUAGAGAAUCAUGUCUCUGCUGUGUGAGUCUGCAGCUCAUCAUGCAGUGGAGACGACACCUGGCUGGCAUUACUUUUAUUAUCAUUUUUGUUAUAUCAUAUUUCACGAAUAAGUUUGUCCUGUCAGUGUUAAAUUUCACCUAUCCAACUUUAUUUCAAGGAUGGCAGACAUUUAUCGGAGCGAUCUUGCUUCUACUCUCUGGGAAGUUUGGAUGGGUGGAAAUGAGCCGCAUCAGCAGAUCAGCAGCUCUGUCCUGGCUGCCAGGCUCCGUCCUGUUUGUGGGAAACAUAUACGCUGGUUCCCGGGCCUUAUCAUGCAUAGACAUUCCUUUUUUCUUCACUCUUCAGAAUUCCUCUCAUGUCGUCAGUUACAUCAUCCUGAAGGCCGUCCAUAGAGAGAAGACACAAUGGAUGAAAUUUAUCAGCGUAAGUAUCAUGCUGCUCUCUGCCAUCAACCUUCCCCUCCAUGAUCCACAGUUUGACUCCAGUGGUUAUCUUUGGGCUGUUGGUCAUCUGCUCUGUGUUGGUGCAUACAGGGUGUUUCAAUUUCAUUACAAGUCCACUAAUUUCAGUGACCUUGAACAGCAGUGCAUCAACUACUUGUUCAGUGUUCUGCUGCUGGCUGUCGCAGCUCAUCCAACAGGUGACCUCAUGGGGGCCAUGGAGUUCCCCUCCCUCCAGUCCUACACAUUUCACUGCGGCUGCUGUGCCAGUGCUCUGCUGGGGUUCCUGUUGCUGUUGGCAACAGUCAAACUAAAGAGCGGACUGUCCCUCGAGCAUUUCGGGGUCUGGAUUUUCCUGUCUAAGAUUACUGCCAUGUGCCUCUCCCCGCUUAUUUUCUACAUGGACUUUAAUAUUCCAUCUCUGACCUGUGUGGCCGUCAGCCAUGCUGCAGAGGCUCUGCUGCUUUAUUCUCAGAGAGACUCUCAGCUCUGAUCUCUCUGGAUUAACACUCCACUUGCACUCCGGAAAGAAUUUUUUUCUACAAAAUCUAUUGUAUUUUUUCACAUUAUUUUUGUAAUUUCUGAUGUAUGCGCUGACAAUCUGCUGACCAAAUAAAAGUCUUUGUUUACA